AUGCGCUUCAUAAAGUCUGUCACCUGGACCCUGGCAGCAUCCGCCACGGCUGUCAAAGCUCUAUCUAACCAUACCUCUCAAUAUCCGCCCCAGCCAACUGCCGAUGAUGGUCUUCCAUCGAACUUUGGACUGUUGCUCUUCCCUGAGUUCCAGUCGCUGGAUGUCUUUGGCCCCCUUGAUGCUCUUAAUCUCUUCUCUCUGGCUCGAAAGCUGAAUCUGUCCAUCAUCGCCGAAACAAUGGAUCCAGUUUCAACCCAAGUCCGGUCAUCACAGAUCAACAAGUUCGGAUCUACGUUUGGGGAAUCCAUCAUGCCCACACACACAUUCAAGAACGCCCCGCCAAUUGACGUGCUCAUUAUCCCCGGCGGUUAUGGAACCGACAGCCCUAACAUUGGGCCAGCAAUUGAGUUUAUCAAGAAAAUCUAUCCAAGUCUGCAGUAUGUCUUGACUGUCUGCACAGGGUCUCAGCUUCUGGCACAGGCGGGUAUAUUGGAUGGACGACAUGCAACUACCAACAAGCAGGCAUACAAGCGGGUCACGAAGCACGGCCCGAACGUGAAAUGGGUACCCGAAGCAAGAUGGGUGGCUGACGGCAACAUCUGGACGUCAUCGAGGGUGUCGGCGGGUAUCGACUUGAUGUUUGCUUUCCUCGAUGCAGUGUACGGAACAGUGGUGAGCAACCAAGUGAGCGAAGGGAUGGAAGCAGAACAUCCAGCAUAUUCACUCAAGGUUUUCAUAGCUAGAUUCUCCAACUUUUCCUUGACUACUCCACCCCUUUAUCCGGCUCGGCCAACACCAACGGCCUCCAGGGACAGCAACAUGUCGACCGUUAUAAUCGGCGGCGGAAUUAUUGGCGUUUCCAUAGCGUAUUUCCUUUCCGACCCAGCGGUGCAGAAGAAACAUCCAGGAGAAAUUCACAUUGUGGACUCAUCUGGAGAGCUGUUCUCGUGCGCAUCGGGCUAUGCAGCAGGAUUCAUUGCUCGGGACUGGUAUGCUCCAGAACUAGAACAGCUGGGUGCAUUGUCGUUUGAUUUGCAUCAGCGGCUCGCCGCUGAGCAUGAUGGAACAGCGAGAUGGGGAUACAUGCCGAGCAUUGCAUUGAGUCUUCAGGUCGAGGGUUUGGAUGGGAAGAAAACGGCCAGGGGCGAUGACUGGCUCCGUCGGGGGGCUAGCCGGGCGGAAGCUGCAUCGAAGGACAAGGGGGAUGGCGGAUCGACAGCUAACGAAGAGUAUCCAUCGCCCGCAUGGUUGACAAGACAGAAAGGCGCAUCUAACCGAGAAACAUGCUGCAGAGACCCCUUACGGCUGUGCAAAUUCAUGCUCGCCAGAUGCAUUGAGCGAGGCGUACAGGUCCACAACCCGGCCAGAGCUGUGUCCACGACCAAAGAUUCAGGGUCUGGGGUGAUAUCUAAGGUGGUAAUAGAAGAUAUCCAGACUCACACAAGACGCAGCCUUCCAUGCACUAAUAUUGUCUUUGCUGCUGGGCCGUGGACUCCUCGGGCAUUCAGCUCACUCUUCCCGCUCUCCAAGGCGCAUAUUCCAGUCCUGUCACUCUCCGGGUACUCUCUUGUGUUCCGCUCUCCUCGCCAUACCUUGAGUCAGGAGCGAGAGGUCUAUGGAGGGAAGAGUCAUGCAGUAUUCACCACCCAUCCGCAGUCGUGUGGGUUCAGCCCGGAGGUAUUCUCUAGAACCAACGCGGAAAUAUACCUUGCAGGUCUGAACGGACUAGACAUCCCGCUGCCGGAGGUAGCCACUGAUGCUCAUUCUCUCAUGACAAAGGACAAAUUAGCCCGUGUGAGAGAGGCAGCUCGUAUAUUGAUGGGCCGUCCCCAAGACGGCCUGGAGGGAGAAAACAUCGACGAUCUCGAGGUGGUUCGAGAGGCCCUCUGCUUCCGCCCUUAUAUAGAGUCUGGGCUACCGAUCGUUGCCCGUCUGCAGGAUUCCAUCACAGGGACUGCAGACCGGGUUUCAGGUGGGCUGUUCAUGGCCACCGGGCAUGGUCCUUGGGGGAUCUCGCUCAGUCUGGGGACGGGUAAGGUUAUGGCAGAGAUGAUCUCCGGCAUGGAGCCCAGCGCCGACGUGAGCAGACUUGGCUUAGCAGCAGAUAUGGCUCGCAGCAAGCUCUAA